AGGCACAAAAAAAGUCGGGUGUCCCGCUAUCGCGGUGGCUACCAAAAGUUGGGAGAGCAUCGGUGACGGCAAACUCAGAGGGGCACCAACCGACGAGCUUAGACAGGCCCAGACACAUAACAACGCCCAAUACAAAGACAUAAGCCAUGUCUGCUGCCCAGCUCCUCAACCCUAAGGCCGAGUCGAGACGGCGGGGUGAGGCUCUCCGAGUCAACAUCAACGCGGGCGAGGGCCUUCAAGAUGUCCUGAAGUCCAACCUCGGUCCCCUGGGGACCAUAAAGAUGCUCGUCGACGGCUCGGGACAGAUCAAACUUACCAAAGAUGGCAAUGUUCUUCUGCGCGAGAUGCAAAUACAAAAUCCCACAGCCGUUAUGAUUGCCCGAGCUGCGACUGCUCAGGACGACAUCUGCGGAGACGGGACCACCUCGGUUGUCCUGCUGGUUGGCGAGCUGCUGAAGCAGGCCGAGAGGCAUAUUCAGGAGGGUCUGCACCCCAGGAUCAUUGCCGAUGGGUUCGAGGUUGCAAAGAACGAGGCACUCAAGUUCCUUGAUACGUUCCGGAUCCCCAAGGCUGCCGACCGCGAGCUUCUUAUCAGCGUCGCCAGGACAUCGCUGGCCACCAAGCUGAACGCGACACUCGCAAACAAGCUCACGCCCGACAUUGUCGAUGCUGUCCUCGCCAUCUACAAGGCCCCGGCCAAGCCCGACCUGCACAUGGUCGAGAUUAUGAAGAUGCAGCACCGCACGGCCUCGGAGACACAGAUGAUCAAGGGAUUGGUUCUGGACCACGGCGCGAGGCACCCGGACAUGCCCAAGCGGCUCGAGAACGCCUUCAUCCUGACCCUCAACGUCGGUCUCGAGUACGAGAAGUCAGAGAUCAACUCCGGGUUUUUCUACAACAGUGCCGAGCAGCGCGACAAACUGGUUGAGAGCGAGCGGAGACACGUCGAUGCCAAGCUCAAGAAGAUCGUCGAGCUCAAGAAGGAGGUCUGCGGUGACGACCCCAAGAAGAGCUUCGUUAUUGUCAACCAAAAGGGUAUCGACCCGCUGUCGCUCGAUGUGCUGGCAAAGAACGGCAUCUUUGCGCUGCGCCGAGCCAAGCGACGCAACAUGGAGCGCCUGCAACUCAUCGCCGGCGGUGUGGCACAGAACAGUGUCGAGGACCUGUCGCCCGAUAUCCUCGGUUGGGCAGGCCUGGUGUACGAGCAGCAGCUCGGUGAGGAGAAGUACACCUUCAUCGAAGAGGUCAAGGAGCCCAAGUCGGUCACCAUUCUGAUCAAGGGUCCCAAUGCCCACACCAUUACGCAAAUCACCGACGCUGUGCGUGACGGCCUGCGCAGCGUUUACAACGCUAUAGUCGACAAGAGUGUCGUGCCCGGCGGUGGCGCAUUCCAGGUCGCGUGCGCCGCCCACCUCCGUAGCGACGCAUUCUCACGAACUGUCAAGGGCAAAGGCAAGUGGGGUGUCCAGGCAUUUGCGGACGCUCUGCUCAUUAUUCCCAAGACGCUCGCAGCCAAUGCGGGGCAUGACAUCCAGGAGUCCCUGGCUGCUCUGCAGGAUGACUAUGCCGAGGGCAACGCAUUCGGCCUGGAUCUUCAGUCUGGUGGCACAAUGGAUCCCACGCUGGAGGGCGUCUACGACUCGUUCCGUGUGCUGAGAAACUGCAUAGCGUCUAGCACUGGGAUUGCGUCGAACCUGCUACUGUGCGACGAGAUGCUAAAGGCGCGGCAGAUGGGAAGGCAGGGAGGACCAGGCCCUGGAAUGGACGGCCCUGAGGAGUAGCGUUGUUUUGGACUCGGCAUAGACGCGAUACCUCACUGUACUCAUACUAUCGGAGCUGGCUACUGGAUGUCUAGGUGUUUGACGGUAGACGUGAAUAAAAGUUUGGCCCAUAUAGAUGCCAUCGUUCUCCAAA